AUGGCUCGUCGUCGAAAGAAUCGUACGCAUCUCAAGGGAGGAGUUGCCUCGAACCCAGGAUCUGCAGAGGGAGUCCCGAGGUCCUUCGUAAUCAAACAUGGGCAGGUGGGCACGUCUCUCACCCAGCUGGUCAGAGAUGUGCGCAAAGUCAUGGAGCCGAACACUGCGAGCCGUUUGAAGGAGCGUACGCGGAACAAGCUCAAGGACUUCUUCACGAUGGCUCCUGCCCUUGGCGUUACGCAUCUAUUGGCGUUCACGCUGACGGACGUCGCACCAUCCCUUCGAAUCGUUCGACUCUCUGCUGGGCCGACACUGAGUUUCCGAGUAGAGCGGUACAGCUUGAUCAAGGAUAUGCUCAACUCAUCUCGCAGAGCGCGCAGUAUGAGCAGCACCGACUAUCUCAACCCGCCGCUGCUUGUGCUAGCGUCCUUCCCGCAGCCCGGACCGACGACACCUCCGCAUCUGUCCCUCCUUAUGAAGACCUUCCAGACACUGUUCCCUCCAUUAUCACCGCAGAAGAUAGCACUCUCGUCCGCUCGCCGUGUCGUCCUCAUCUCAUACAAUGCCGAUCGCGGCACUAUCGAUUUCCGUCAUUACCUCAUAACUGUCAAGCCGUAUGGCAUCUCUAAACGGGUCCGACGCGUACUGGAGGGAGCAUCGUCCAAGGCUGCGUCGUCAUCCAAGACAUAUCUCGACCUGGGCAAUGAGAAGGAUGUCGCGGAUUUCUUCCUCAGGCGCAAGGGCGAGCCUGGUCCAGGCGCCAGCGACGGGUAUGAGUCUGCGGCCUCAUCUGCGUCAAGUGCCGCUGGGGACGAUGCGGACGUCGUUUCAUUGGCGGACGACUAUGUAGGCAGGAACAACAAGAAGGGAGAAAAGCGAGCCGUGAGGCUCGAUGAGGUAGGACCAAGGAUGGAGUUGAGGCUGGUCAAAAUUACGGAGGGGCUUCCUGGCAAGGAAGGUGCUGUUAUAUACCAUGAAUUCGUGAAAAAGACAAAAGCACAAGCUGCCUCUCAAAAAGCCGAACAUGCGGCAAAGGAGAAACUUCGCAGAGAACGAAGAGAACAACAGGAGCGCAACAUUCAACGGAAGAAAAAGUUGGUCGGUGGAAAGGAUGCGGAGACAGGUAGUGGUGAAGAUAACGGUGAGGAGGAACAGGAAGAUGGUGCGGACGGCUCUGAAUUAUCGGGUGGGGACGAGGAGCAUGAGGAUGAAGGUGCCUGGGACGACGAAGAAGAGUACAAUGGCAGCGAGGAAGACGGAGACGAGAGUGCGGAGGACAGUGACAGUGAAACUGAUGCUGAUGUCCCGCGGCCGCUUCCCAAAAAGCCGAGACAGGGGAAACGGUAG